AUGUCUCGUUCUCCUCGCACUCCUAUGCGUUCGCCUGCUUUUCCAGACAUUCCAAUCUACCUGGACACCGGCGAUGAGCGCAUCACCGCGAAGACAUAUGGUACAACACCAACUACGCCAACUACACCAGACAUCAUCCCUCCUCAACGCCCAACACACCUGAGCCCGUCGCAUAUCAACGCGCCACCCAUCAGCCCGGCCGAGCCGAGCCCCACAACCACUAUCGAGACCUCUAGUUGUCGUUCAAUCAUCUGGCCGAUUCCAGAGCCACCACCAGAGGUGCAGUAUCAGCAGGACUCUCGCCGACCGACCCUUCGGUUCUUCCCUACGCAGCGUCCCCGAAUUCGCCUCGAUGAUGUCCAUUCUUUACAAAUUCCCUCCAUCAAUGAGAAGACACCCAUCACUGAGCAUCAUCCUGGUCUCGGUAUUAAUGGUCUACCUAAGCCACCUUCGAUCGAGAUAUCCCCACCCAACAACGGCGAGUCUGAUUCAGGGCCAAACAUAGCACAGCGAAUUGAGGAGACGUUGUGGCGCUACAGUGCCUCAGGGAAUGUACUGAAGCGAUGGCUACUAGAACUCGUCAGCUGGCUGUUUAGUGCUGUCUGUAUGGCCGCUGUCAUUGGUGUACUCAUCAAGCUCAAGGAUGAGCCAUUGACCAAAUGGGCCUUGGCGGAAAAGACUGGUCUGACACUCAACGCGUAUAUAUCGAUCCUCUCCAAGAUGGCUGGUGCUGCCUUGAUCCUUCCAGUAUCCGAGGCGCUGGGUCAGCUGAAGUGGAGCUGGUUCCUGGAGCAUUCCAAACAGAUGUGGGAUUUCGAAAUCUUCGACAACGCAUCUAGAGGACCGUGGGGCUCUCUCUUGCUGCUCGUACGGACCAAGGGGAAAGCUCUGGCCGCUUUAGGGGCCAUGAUCAUGCUUUGCUCGUUGGCUCUGGAUCCAUUCUUCCAGCAAGUAGUAGACUUUCCGGAUCGUUGGGCGCUACAAGAGAAGGGUAGCACCAUACCCAGGGUUGUAGACUAUCGGCCCGCAUUCGUGCCUGCGUUCCUUGGCGGCUUCGAGAUGGCAUCGGAAGACAGGGCCCUUGCUUCUGUUGCCAGGGAGUUCUUUUACGAAAAUGGCACUACGGUUGUUCCAUUUGGAAAUGAUUGGAUUGGCCCACCAGGCGAUAUGCCCUAUCCGAAUGGCACAUUGUGCGGCUACUUCCUCAAUGCGACCAGCGAUGCGCCGAUCUUCAUAUCCGGAUAUGUUGCCGAUGCAGAGACGCAAUCCGGACUCGGUGAAGCUCUCCUAGUACGCACAGUCCCGCUCACCGAUUUCGAUACGAAGAUGCCACUCUAUGGUGCAGGUUCUAUCAAAUUCAAGAGCAGACGGCACGUUCUGUUCGACGCCCUCAUUGCCUCAGCAGCAGCUGGGCCCUCUAGCGUUUACGAGAAGAAGGCUCCCAUAGUACACGAGUGUGUACUGUCAUGGUGUGUCCAAACCAUCAAGUCAUCCUAUGAGUAUGGUCAAUACAAUGAGAACAUCACAUCCACCUUCUUGGACGAUGGCCCGGGACCCGCAUCAUGGCCUUGGGAAAGCUUCGACACCGAAGGCGGUGUCUUCUUCGUCUACGCCCAGAACAUCACCAUCGAACCACCCGCUGCAAGCCGCUCGCCGUUGACGAUCUUCAACGAAACUUAUCAGCUCGACAACUACACUGCCAUGAAUGCUUUGACUUACUUUGACGAUUUCUUUCCUUCGUACUAUACUGCCGAGAACACGACUGCGACGCCGCGGAUCAGGUACAGAAACUUUGAAGGCGGUCCAACUAGUCAGGAAAUGGUUUUCAAUGCGUGGGAAGCUCCAAACAACGUUACUCAUCAUGUCGAGAGACUAGCUACAGCUAUGACUAAUGUCAUAAGGUCAUCACCUAGCAAGAAGAUGAUUAAUGGUGAAGCCUACAGUCGAGAGAACUACGUUUCGGUUCGCUGGGAAUGGCUCACGCUUCCUCUUGGUCUCCUUUGUAUUUCUUUCAUUUUUCUGGCCGCGACUGUUGCUAAGUCCGCUGUGGAGCGGGAUCGAGUUGGGGUGUGGAAGACGUCCGCGUAUGCAACGUUACUGUACGGCCUACCGGAUGAGAUGCAACAAAAGAUCACCAGAUCUGGCAGCACUGGAACUCCGAGAGCCAAAGCAAAAGAACUGAAAGUAAAAUUACAACCUAAUCAUGGCUGGAGGGUAUCCGGGAAUUUGUUCUCCCCAUUCGUCUCCAAACCGAGAUCGAAUCAACCACCUCCGGGCUGGAUCUGA